AUGACGCGCCGACCACCCGGUUUUGUGACGGAGCUGAGAAACGCCUCGGGGGUUCCUGCGGUCGGGGAGGAGGCCGCGGCCGCCUCGCUAGCGGGACGCGCUUGCCUGGGAGCCGCGUUCCCACCAGGCUUGCUUUUCUCGGUCCCUUCUGCUCUGAGUCCAGGCCUGCCCCGCAGUCCUCCCUUGGACCCUGGACACAGAGGCGGCCUGAGCAACAUGCUGUUCCAGUGCUCCUUGCCCGACACGGUGGCCCCCAUGGGCGACGAGCCCCGGAAGGUGCUGCUGCGGCUGUACGGCGCCAUCCUGAAGAUGGGGGCCGAGGCCAUGGUGCUGGAGAGCGUGAUGUUCGCCAUUCUGGCCGAGAGGUCGCUGGGGCCCAAGCUCUACGGCAUCUUCCCCCAAGGCCGCCUGGAGCAGUUCAUCCCGAGCCGGCGAUUAGAUACUGAGGAGUUAAGUUUGCCAGAUAUUUCUGGCCCUGCUGGAGUCAACGCCAUCCCCAGUGGUCUUUUGUCACAACGACUGUCAGGAAGGGCCCUGCUGGAGUCGACGCCAUCCCCAGUGGUCUUUUGUCACAACGACUGUCAGGAAGGGAACAUCCUGCUGCUGGACGGCAGGGAGCGCGCUGAGCAGCAGAAGCUGAUGCUCAUCGACUUUGAGUACAGCAGUUACAACUACAGGGGGUUCGACAUCGGGAAUCACUUCUGCGAAUGGAUGUAUGACUAUAACUAUGAAAAGUACCCCUUCUUCAGAGCCAACAUCCAGAAGUACCCCACCAGGAAGCAGCAGGACUACGCCCAGGCAAGGUUCGACGCCUAUUUCGACCAGAAGAAGCGGCUUGGGGUGUGA